CCCGUACGUACACGGCCCAGGAACAUGGCGUUUUGCGCUGCAUCGAUCGGCGCCAGUUGCAACCUUAUGCUCGCGUUAUAACCCGUGCAGCGCGCGUGCUCGCGAGGCUUUUCGCGACCCUUGCUUUGUUCUCUUGCCCGAGGCGAGGCCGCCUGCUUUCUCGACUUGACUCUCGCCGUCGCGCUCGUCCACUGGGAUGCCUGUCCGCACCAGCGUAUACCCGUCUUUCCAGCCUGGCUUCGACGCCCCCACUCGCGACAGGGAGGUGCACGUUCGUCAGAGUGUCCGCUCUCAUCGUCCGCAACCUGACCCCAGCACGUACGCACCCGGGAGCUACAGGGAUGUCACUCAGACCCGUACUGGCAGUCAGAGCAGACCGCAUAUCACCACGGGGAGGUCACAGAGUAGUAGGAGGUCUCAUGACCGCGACAGUGGCGCGUCUGCAGCGCGCUCGCGUUCCGUAGCCCCGGUGAGCUCCUUUCCAAGUUGUAGGGCGUCUUCCUCGGGCCCAGUGCCGUCUGACUCGCGGCGUCCAUCCGCUCAACCAGGCCCACGUUCACCGUCGCUGCCAGUCAUCCCGCGCUCCGCCUCCGGCUCUCACCCCUCCGUCCACCAGAUCUUUCAGCACCCAAGCCCGCCAGGUUCUCAGACGUACGUAUACCCGCCUCAAGGCUACCCUGGACAUCCGUACUCUCCGCCGCAGUCUGUUCGGGCGACCAGUCCGCGUGCGGUGCACCGCAAAGCGCCGCCACCCAUUCCGUCGGCGCCAUCGUUCCAUUCCGUGGGCAUUCAUGCGUCACUAGCAUCAGGCUCUGCAUCAUCAGCAGCCUUCACCCCGUCGAGUACUGGUGUUACUUCUCCACAGACCACAUCUAGCCGGAGCAGGCCCGACGUCGGUGCUAGGAGCGCAAGCGGGCACGGACACGGGUCCAAGGAGGAUGUCCGGCCGGCGGAGUCGCGCACGCCGCCGGUGCCUCGCCCCCCGCAAAGCGAGGCCGACGACGACCAGCGCCUCAGCCGGAUGCCGCUCCUGCAGCCCCGACAGCUGUCCCAGCCCCAGUUGCAAGUUCAGGUACAACAGCCGCCGCACUCGCCCAGCCAGCCGUCUCCCCCGCCGACCCACAGCUUGGACGUGCCGCAGGACAUAGACCGCGACGGGCGCACGCCGAGCCCUCGGCCUGCCCAUUCCCACCCUUCUCAGCAGGACGUACAUGGCGCGGAACACGACCAGCACACCGAGGUGCCCGUCCGGGGAAAGCCGAGGAUCUUUGCGGCUAUGGGUGCUGAGGAGCAAGAGGCCGAGCAUGGUGAGGCGCAGCCGCCCGCGGAGCAGAUCUUCGCUGCGCAGGACGAGGGUUCGGACGAGCAGGGCGCGGGCGCGGGUGGGCAGCAAGAGGGCGCAUAUAGCCAGUCGGCGGACGCGCACGUGCCGCAGGAGGGUGCAUACACCCAGCCUGCUCAGCAGGAGAAGGAGGUGCACGGUCCGGCGGCCGAUGGUAUCGUCCGAGACUAUCCGCACACGUACGGCUAUCCCACUCCACGGUCACGUUCGCCUGUCCUCCCCGCCGACCUCGCUGCCAUCCUGCACGACGACGACGACGACGUACGCGGCCGGCGGCGCGAGGUGCUCCCGAAGGGGAACCAGGAUAGCCAUCGGAUCUCGCGCUCGUUACCCCCGACGCCGUCACCGCGUGCGCCGACGCCCGAGGUUCACCAUGAUACGGACGUCGAGCGCGAAGUGGGCGGGACGGCGGCAUGGCAUAUCUUCGGGCUCGGGCUACGGGGCAUUUUUGGCAUGAAGUCGAUGACGGAUAAGCAGGUGGAGAAGCUGGGAACGAAGGACGUCGGGGCGAGCGCGAUUGCCGGAGUGAGUGCCCCAGGGCCCUUAGGUGUGCAGAUGACCCCGGUGACGAGGAGUGGGAGCGGGAGCGACGGGCGGAGGAAGCUGAGGAAGGAGGGGCGGCGGGGGCGGCGCGAGGAUCGGGGCGAUGAGCGACCGGCGGAGCAUGCGCAGGACAUGGGUGAGGAGUCGAGCUUCGUGCACAUCGACAGCUCUGCGGUGCAGGACGAGAUGCAGCGUGGGCGGACGGGCCCCGGGGCGCCGCCCACGCCCGUCACGCCGGAAGACUAUGCAAAAGCGCGCGCGCAAAGACGGGGGGCGAAGCUGGGCAAGGCUCUCCCUGCGAUCAUCGCGCAGGCUGCCGCCCCUCCGCCUGAGCCGCAGGAGCCCCCAAAGCCGAGCAAGCCGUACCCCUGCUCAACGCGAGGUGAGGACGGAACGAACAAGCGGCGCGAGUUGACGGAGUCUGUGCUGGAGAAGUUCCUGGGGCCUGUAGGGUAUGCGCGUCUCGCCAAAGGGAAGAGCAAGGAGCGGACGAGCGAGGGGGAUAGAGACAAGCCCAAGUCGGCCAACGACGGCGAAGCGUUGACGCUGACGCUGCAGGACCUCAACAACUAUAUGCGCGGAGUCUCGAUGCCGUCACACCAGUUCUCGACUCUGGCUGCGGAGUACCUGCAUGCCCGUGGCGACCCGCUCGCUGCCUGCUGCCGCGCAUACACCCGGAUAGUCUUACGCUUGCGUGCUCAGGCGGAGGCAGAGGCUCGCAACCCAUCCCCGGUCGCUGUUACGGUACCUCAAGCCCCGAGCUCGCCACCAUCGCGCCGUGGCACUUCAUUGCAGCGUGGUACGUCCCGGGCGUCCAGCCGAGCACCUUCGCGGUCGCCUUCGUACACGACAACGAUCCAGGCACCGAUACGCGCAGCACAGUCUCCGCUUUUUCGUCUUAGGCGUGCGCCGCUGCUGCAAGUGUUCGUGCCUUCGCCGGAGGGCGACUGGCUGUCGGACGAGAGCAUCGUGACUUGUGAAGAGGAGCUCAAGAAGGCGGGCGUGUCGCAUCUGCUGCGGGCAGGAGACGUGGUGUGGGAUAUUGCUAUCGGUGAUGAGGGUAACAUUGGUCGGAUGGUCUGGGACGGUGCAUACCUGAUUGACCUGGACUUUGCGUGGUCGCGUAUUGGGGACCUCCCCAAGUACUUGCCUACGCUUGCGUUCCCGCCCUCCUACUUCCACCGCGUCAUCCGCACGCAAGGCUCCGGGAACCCGAUAUGUCACAUCGACAUCGCGCCCUGGGGCGAGGAGAUUGCGGCAAACCUGCAGCUGCUCCAGGACAGGAUGAAAACUGAGACGCCGCAGGGUAACCACCACACAGUCGUGCGCUGGGUCCACCGCUCCUCUUUCACGAUCAUACCGCCUGUUCCCAACAAACCGUUACGCAUUCCCCCCAUGGCGAAUGUUGGCCCGGGGCCGAGUCAUGGUGUGUGGCUUGUCGAUCCUGGCUGGUACGGGCGAGUCGUCGUAGAGGCGGAAGGGACGAACGAGGGCCUCGCAGACCUGCAGAAACGGUGCGGAAGUGCUUUCCCUCCACGUGCCGUGGGUGCGCGGGCGGGAGGUGAGCAGGCAACACAGGAGCGCAGCUUCGUGUUCAGGAUUUUGAGGGAGAAAAGCCGUCCUGGCGAGAUUUGGAUCCGGACUGUACGAGAGAAGGAGCGAUUACGAUGAAGGACUUUCCUUGAUGCAUGGACCGUUACGAACAAAACCUCGCGUCGUCGAGUUGUAUGAAGGUACAAUGUUGUAUUUUCCUCCUGCGCCACUGUUGUUCUUGCUUGUUGUACUGCUAAACCGUUGUAAUGCUCUUUAGACGAUGACCCGAAAGCUACGUGCAGAUUAAUCCGAUAUUGUGUUCGCGUUCAAU